CUCUCUCUCUCUCAUAAACAAAGGAUGACCAACAGGGGACCACUUCAUUCUCGAUGAACUGUUUGAUCAAACCAAUCAAUCACUCACGCUAGCAAGUGGCGGCGAGGAGAAUGACCUGAUUGUUCAAGAGAACGAACAGGUAGGAAGGGGGCGAAGCCACAUUCACUCUCACUGCAGGUGCACAUGUACCAUAUGGUGAAAAACAAAUUCCUAAUAGUUGACUCAACUUUUACCAUGUACUAAAUUAUACCAAUUUUGUUCUAUGUCAUGGAGAAUGCACCAGGAUCCUAUCAUCUAGAUAUCCAGGUCCAGGGUGGGUCAACGGUCGGUCUGGCUAGCUCUUGUCAAAAUGCCCAACGCGCGGCCUCCGGUCGCUCCAAGCCAUUCAUAGUUCCAUGGCGCCUCGCCUCACAACCAUGCAUCUAAAAAUGGCAUGCAGAUGGUCGGCCGGCGCCCACGAACGAGUAUAUAGCUUCAUCUAGCUUGCUAGAUUUGCUCGUUGAUCGCCCGGCCCAGCCAUUCAUGUCUGCAGGUUCGCCGUGGACAAUGGCGCCGCCGCCUCUCCUCGCGCCGCUGCUGCUCGCCGGGCUCGCGCUGCUGGCAGCCGGCGGCGUCGCGGAGGGCAAGCCCCACGUGAACCACGGCAAGUUCAAGGACGGCCCGUGGACGGUCGGGCACGCGACGUUCUACGGCGGGCGCGACGGGUCCGGCACCACGGACGGCGGCGCGUGCGGGUACAAGGACGCGCUGGCCAAGGACUACGGCGCGCUGACGGCGGCCGUGAGCCCGGCGCUGUACAGCGAGGGCGCCGGGUGCGGCGCGUGCUACGAGGUGAAGGGCGCGGAGGAGGGCGGCGGCCCCAACAAGUCCGUGGUGGUGACGGCCACCAACCAGGCCCCGCCGCCGGUCAGCGGGCAGAAGGGCGAGCACUUCGACCUCACCAUGCCGGCGUUCCUCCAGAUCGCCGAGGAGAAGGCCGGCAUCGUGCCCAUCUCCUACCGCAAGGUGGCGUGCGUGAGGCAAGGCGGGAUCCGGUACACGAUCACGGGGAACAAGAACUACAACAUGGUGAUGGUGACGAACGUGGGCGGCGAGGGGGACGUGGUGGCGCUGUCAGUGAAGGGCAACAAGCGCGUCAAGUGGACGCCGAUGAAGCGCAGCUGGGGGCAGCAGUGGACGACGGAGGUCGACCUCACCGGCGAGUCGCUGACGUACCGGGUCAUGACCGGCGACCACCGCAAGGCCACCUCCUGGCACGUCAUGCCGCGCGACUGGCAGUUCGGCAAGACCUACCAGGCGACCAAAAACUUCUAGGCCGGAGCGCUGCUAAGGCAUAUGCACCGUUGCAUUGUACCUCCUCUCAUGCGUAACGAUCGACAUGCAUGAAUGGCCUGAACCUCCGUUGCCGCGGAGUUAAAGGGAAAACUAAAUAGAAAUGCUAAAAUCCAAUUUAAAUUCGUGUUCUUGUGUUGUGCUCA